CCUCUAUCGAUGUUUCCAAGAAUAUCAAAUGGGCCAAACACUGUGGGUCUGCUGUUCACCUACAGUCACUCUCCACAAGACAGAGUGGAGAAGAUCUUAUCACCUGAGCAGCCGGUAGAUAAGAGCAGGGCAGAAUGGAGAUGACUGAGGGCAGCUAUCGACAAUUAGACCCUGAUGGAGUCAACAGACCCUCUAUGGAUAAACAUAAAGAAACAGACACUGGACCCUUGAAGAGGGCUGCUGUGUGUCUGGGUGUGCUGUGUGCUCUCCUGCUGUCUGCCAUCGCACUUCUCAGUUUCAAAAUGAUGGAGAACAAACAGUUACAGACCAGCUACAAAGAGAAACUACAGAUGCAGUCAGGUUACGACAACAUGACCAUAGAAUACAAACAGCUACAGAUUACUUACAAAAACCUCAAAACAAAGAAAUCCCAACUGCAGACCAGUAUCAAAUCAAGUUUACAGAACAGUUACAAUAGCCUCCUCAGGGAGAAAUCACAACUGCAAACAGGAUUCAACAACCUAACUGAAGAGAAUUCCCAGUUACAGACCAGUUAUAACAACCUGAAUAAAGACAAAUCCCAACUGCAGACCAGUUACAGCAAUCUCUUCAGAGAGAAACUCCAGUUGCAGGGCAGCUAUGAGAACCUAAAUGAACAGAAAUCAGGAUUGCAAACCAGAAAUGACCGUUGUACUACAGAGAAAUCAAGUUUACAGAACACUUACGAUAGCCUCCUCAGGGAGAAAUCACAACUGCAAACAGGAUUCAACAACCUAACUGAAGAGAAUUCCCAGUUACAGACCAGUUACAACAACCCGAAUACAGAGAAAUCCCAGUUACAGACCAGUUACAAAGAGAAACUACAGAUGCAGUCAGGUUACGACAACAUGACCAUAGAAUACAAACAGCUACAGAUUACUUACAACAACCUCAAAACAGAGAAAUCCCAACUGCAGAACAGUAACAGCAAUCUUAGCAGAGAGAAACUCCAGUUGCAGAGCAGCUAUGAUAGCCUAAAUGAAGAGAAAUCAGGAUUGCAAACCAGAAAUGACCGUUUUACUUCAGAGAAACCAGGAUUGCAAACCAGAAAUUAUCGUUGUACUUCAGAGAAAUCAAGUUUACAGAGCAGUUACAAUAGCCUCCUCAGGGAGAAAUCACAACUGCAAACAGGAUACAACAACCUAACUGAAGAGAAUUCCCAGUUACAGACCAGUUACAACAACCUAAAUAAAGAGAAACCCCAGUUACAGACCAGUUACAACAACCUAAAUAGAGAGAAAUCCCAGUUACAGACCAGUUACAAUAACCCGAAUACAGAGAAAUUCCAGUUGCAGGACAAAUUCCACACCAUGGCUGCCGAGAAGGAUAAACUACAGAAGAGACUUUGUAACCCGAGAAUGGAGAUUACAAAGUAUGCAGUGGAUGUGACUCUGGAUCCUGACACAGCUGAAAACAACCUCAUCCUGUCUGCUGAUGGGAAACAAGUGAGGCAUGUCGACUCACCACAGAAUCUCCCUGACAACCCCCAGCGCUUUGAUCCUGUUGUUAAUGUUCUUGGAAAGCAGGGGUUCACCACUGGUAGAUUUUACUAUGAGGUUGAGGUCAGUGGGAAGACUGCAUGGGAUUUAGGGGUAGCCAGAGAGUCCAGUAACAGGAAGGGACGCAUUAGCUUGAGUCCUGAAAAUGGAUACUGGACAAUAUGGCUGAAAAAUGGGGAUAAGUAUGAGGCAAUAGAAAAUCCUUCUGUUCUCCUCUCCCUUAAAGAGAAGCCAGAGAGGGUGGCGGUGUUUGUGGAUUAUGAGGCAGGUUUGGUCUCCUUUUAUGAUCCAGACAGGUGGAAUCUAAUCCACUCUUUCCGGGGUGUCUCCUUCAAGGAGAAAAUCUAUCCAUUUUUUAGUCCAUCUACUAGAGAUGGUGGCAAAAACUCAUCUCCUCUCAUUAUCAUCACUCCAAUUUCAUGCCCAAACUGACUUUUAUUAAUUCUAACUGGCUGGUAUUUUAUUAUGUUUUAUUACUUUGUACUGCUUUCAUUCAUCACUUUUAAUGUGCUCU